AUGGGCCCACUCGCAGAUUCAGCAGCCCCCGGCCGCCCCCGUCCCGCCGACCCGCUGCGCGCGCUCCGAACCUCCCGCCGCCGCGCCGCGCCGCGUGUCUUCGCUCAGCUCCACGCCCUCCUCCUCACCUCCGGCCACGCGCUCCACUCCCCGAACCUCGCCCUCCUCUUCCGUCUCUCCCCCGCCUCCUUCUCCCUCUCCCACCGCCUUCGCCUCCUCCUCCGCUCCCCGCUGCCCCCGACCACCUUCCUCGCCAACUCCCUCCUCCUCGCCUCCCCACUCCACCUUCCCUCCGCCCUCGCGCUCUACGCCCUCCUCUUCCUCCUCCCUCCCUCCUCCUCUCCGCUCCGCCCCAACGCCUUCACCUACCCGCCCCUCCUCCGCGCGGCGCCCCCGGGCGCUUCUCUCGCGCUCGCCACCCAUUCGCUCAAAUUCCUCGGCGCCCACGCCGCCGUCCGCGACCGCGUCCUCGGGGCCGCGCUGCUCGACGUCUUCGCCCGCUGCGGUAGGAUUGCCUCCUGCCGCCGGGUGUUCGACAGGAUCGCCCACCCAGACCUGCCGGCAUGGAACGCGCUGCUGUCUGCCUACGCGCGCUGGGCGAGGGACCUGUCGUGCGCGGACUCGGCGGGCGUGGUUCUUGACCUGUUUACGCGGCUUAUGUCGUCGGCAGUCAGCCCGAAUGAGAUCACGCUCGUCGCCGUCAUCAGCUCGUGCGGCGAGGUUGGCGCUCUCGGGCACGGUGUUUGGGCGCACGCCUAUGUCCUGAAGCGACGGCUCGCCGUGAACUGCUUCGUUGCCACCGUGCUUGUGGAGAUGUACGCCAGGUGCGGGAGGCUGGACCUGGCCGAACAGGUGUUCGCCAGCGUUGCGGACAGGGACACGCGCUGCUACAAUGCGAUGCUCCAUGGCUUGGCCGUCCAUGGGCAUGGCCGUGCUGCGCUUGCCAUGUUUGACAGGAUGUGCAUUGAGAAGGUGCCGGUGGAUAGCGUCACCAUGCUGGCUGUGAUGUGUGCGUGUGCUCAUGCUGGAAUGGUGGAUGAAGGACAGCAGUACUUUGAUAGGAUGGAGGUUGAAUUUGGGAUUGUGCCGAGGGUUGAGCACUAUGGAUGCUUGGUUGACAUGCUGACCCGGGCAGGUCGACUUGAUGAUGCUGAGAGGAUCAUUCAGGGCACGGACGUCGCACCGAAUGCAGCAAUGUACAGGUCUCUGAUCCAGGCUUGUGGGGUUCAUGGCAAGCUGGAGCUUGGGGUGAGGAUGAUUGGACAGUUGAUGGAACUCGAGCCAGAGCACAGUGGGAAUUAUGUCCUGCUGUCCAACUUCUAUGCGAGAAUGAACAGAUGGGAAGACGCCAAGAAGGCGAGGAAAGAGAUGAAGGCCAUGGGCAUUGACAAGAGUCCUGGGUCAAGUCUUCUGGACAUAGAUGGCGUUCUCCAUGAGUUUUUGAUGGGUGACAAGUUGCACCCUGCCUCGAUCCAGAUAUACGCCAUGGUUGAAGAGAUCGAGGCCAGAUUAAGUGAGUGUGGGCGCCGGCCGAGCACCGCAGCCAUGCUGUUUGAUGUCGAGGAGGAAGACAAGGCUGAUGCCCUGUCCUACCACAGUGAGAAGCUCGCCAUCGCCUUUGCGCUGAUUGCUUCCGCUCCAGGCGCACCCAUCAGGAUAAUCAAGAACCUCCGGGUCUGCACCGAUUGUCACGACAGCGCAAAGCUUGCCUCACGGGUAUAUGGAAGGGAGAUCAUCAUGAGGGACCGGACCCGGUUCCAUCACUUCAGAGACGGGGAGUGUUCCUGUGGAGAUUUCUGGUAAAUACUCAAUAGCUUGUGUUGUACACCAUGACCAAUGUUAGUGUUCAUUUUUUUUUUUUGCCGAAUUGAACACUCUAAAUCCGAGUCGGAUUUCGCUCUUGUGUCCAAAUUUCUUUGUUGAAUUGGACACCCGAUCCAAAUCGGAUUUCAAUACAUGUGUCUGUAUCCAAGUUUAUCAUAUAUUUGUUUUGAUAUCAUAGCUCA